AUGGAUUCUGCUGCUAGGAACCGAAGACAGCCCUCUUCUAUCCCAACAAAAAGAAAACAAAAAAGACUCGUGAAGCUUGUGAAGAAGAAGGAUUUGGAGAAUCUUAAGAAACAGGGAGGGAUUGACGGAGUAGCCAGCGCUCUCCGAACUGAUAUACGCAAGGGGAUUUCUAAUGAUGGAAAAGAGAUUGCUCGACGACGUAGAGUAUUUGGCUCAAACUCAUAUCGCAAUCCCUCCAAACAUGUACGAAUUUUAAAUUUCAUCUGGCAGCUCCCAUCAAAAGACUAUAACCGACGCGUAUGGCAAUCCCUCCACCGAUUUACCGUUUAUAAAGACUUGGUGAGCAUUAUUGCUACAUAUAUCCUAUUCUAUGCUGCCUAUGUCGUCGGAAGUUGUAGAGUACCCUCUCGGAAGUUCACCCAACUCAGAGAGAGAGAUGUUACACGAAUUGACGUCGUGAGGGGUGGAAGAAAGCAACGAAUUUGCACAUCUGAAAUCGUUGUCGGAGAUGUGAUUUGCUUAAAGACUAAAGACCAAGUUCCAGCGGAUGGAUUGCUCUUAAAAGCAGAAGGUGAAUCUCUGUUCGUGGAUGCUUCAAGCUUGACAGCGGACAGUCACGAGGUUGAAAUUAACCAUGACCAGAAUCCAUUCUUGUUUUCUGGAUCUCAGGUGGUUGGUGGUUCUGGCCGGAUGCUUGUCAUUUCAGUUGGCAAGUCCACAGUACGGGCAAGAAAAAAGAGCCGAAACAGUCCAAAUGAGCAUACCCCAUUGCAAGAUAAACUCGAUCAGCUUUGCUCCUCAAUCCGUGAGGUUUGGCUGAAAAAUGCUUCGAUAUUUAUUGUAGUCUUGUUAGCCAGAUACUUUACUGGGAACACCAAGGACGAAUAUGGAAACCAAGAAUUCAAGUCUGGCGAUGCCAUUUUUGCUGACGGUUGGAAUUCUACAGUUGCUAUAUUUAUAGAAGCUUUUGUCGUCAUUGUUAUGUUUGCGAUUCCGGAAGGCUUGCGAUUGGCCGUUGGGCUUAUUGCUUCAUUUUCAGAGAUUAGGAUGAUGGCUGACAUGGAAUUAAUGGUGAGUGAUUCCUCCGCUUGGGAGAAGAUGGCAUCUACCACCACCAUUUGUGUGAACAUAACAGGCAACGAUCUCACCAUGAACCAGUUGAAGGUCGACAAGUUUUGGUUUGGCAAUGUCUCUUUGGAUAAAGGAGCUUACUCUUCAGUUGCUCGUUGUGUUAAGGAUUUGUUGCGAGAAGGAAUCACCGGCCUGUAUGUUACUUGUGGAACAGAAUGCGGAAUCCCAGGUAUUCCCACCGAGAAAGCAAUUGUUUCAUGGGCAAUUCAGGAGUUGAAUAUGGAUAUGGAUAAAGUGUUGUGUUGGACUUCACAUAAAGUGACAAACAGGUGUACUAUUCAUCCGGUUGAUGCCUUCAAUCCACAGGAUACACGAAGUGUCUUAAUCAAGAGGAAGGCAGACAAGACAGAGCACACUCACUGGAAAGGAGCAGCAGAUAUCAUUCUAGCAAUGUGUUCGAGGUACUACGAUACUUCUGGGAGGAUUCAAGUUCUUGAUGGCAACCAGAAAUUGGAAUUCCAGCGUAUCAUUGAUGAUAUGGCGAAGAGCAGUCUCCAAUGCAUCGGUUUUGCAUAUAGUUCAGUUCCUGCACAAAAGGUGGAGGAGGAGGAGGAGGAAGAGGGGGAGGAGGAUGGGGGAAGAGGGGGAGGAGGGAAUUGGAACCCUGAAAGAAGAUGGUCAAGUUCUGUUGGGAUUAAUGAGGGAGGAGGGGAGCAGGGGAAGAAGGAGGAGGAGGGAAAUGGAGCCCUGAAAGAAGAUGGUCAGGUCCUGUUGGGAUUAAUGGGGGAGGAGGGGGAGAAAGAAGAGGAAGAGGAGGACUCCGGUGGCAAUGAAACGCCGAAAGAAGAUGGUCUGGUCCUAUUGGGAUUAAUGAGUAUCAUCAAGGAUCCUUGUAAGAAAGACGUGGAAUGCUGUGAGAAUGCCGGAAUUAUGGUCAAGAUGACCACGGGCGACAAUGUUUCCACCAAAGAAGCCAUAGAUAUAGCCAGUAAGUGUGGAAUACUUCAUCCACGCCCGGACGUGAAAGAAGCAGUAAUAGACGGUGAGAAGUUUCGCAAUUACUCUCCAAAACAGAGAAGGGAGAAAGUUAAUAAAAUUUGCUUGAUGGUGAGAUCAUCUGAUAAAGAUAAAUUGCUAUUUGUCCAAAGCUUGAAGCAAAAAGGUCAUGUCGUUGCAGUCACUGGGAAUGACGAAAGUGAUGUAUUGGCAUUGACAGCAGCUGAUGUAGGACUCUUCCUUGGUAACCCAGGCGACGAAGUUGCCAAGAAUGCCUCAAAAAUCGUCAUCAUGGAUGAUAAUUUUGCUUCAGUGACCACAGUUGUGAAAUGGAGUAGAUGCAUUUACAACAGCAUCCAGAAAUUCAUACAGUUUUAUCUCACUUUCAGUUUUGCUGCUCCUGCUAUCAACUUUACUUCAGUAGCUUUGGUAGGUGAAAUUCCAUUGAACCCAGCCCACUUAUUAUGGUUGUUCUUGAUUUUGCAUGCACUGAGUGCUCUGGCUCUUGCCACGGAGAAGCCCACCAAAGAACUCAUGGAGAAGCCACCAGUGGGAACAACAGAGCCACUCGUAUCCAAAAUCAUGUGGAACAACCUGUUGGCUCAAGUUCUGCUUCAGAGUGUUGUCGUUUUGGUGUUACUGUUCAUGGCCGGUUUACUUUUCGGCGAAGACUAUCGGUUAAAGGGCACAUUUAUCUUGAAUGCUGUUCUGCUCUACCAAGUUUUCAAUCAAUUCAAUGCAAGAAAGCUGGAGAAGAAGAACGUGUUUAUCGGAAUAAACGGGGACAAAUCGUUUCUAUUUAUUAUUGCAGUAAUCAUUUGGGUUCAGAUACUGGUGGUGCAAUUUCUAAAGCCGUUUGAAAAUUCAACAAGGUUGACCUGGGAGCAAUGGGCUGCAUGUUACGGGAUCGCCUUCAUAUCUUGGCCUAUCGGUUGGUUUGUCAAGUGGACCUGUUCUAAAAUCGGUUCUAAGCAACGUGUAAGAAAUGUGAAAGGAAAAGCUAAAGAGAAAGGAAAAGCUAAAAAGCAAGGAGAAGAGAAACUAGAGGAUGUGAUUUGCAUAAAGAUUGGAGAUCAAGUUCCAGUGGAUAGGUUGCUCUUAAAAGGUGAUCAUUCUCUGUUCGGUGCGGUGCAAUCACGGAGGACUGGUGUUGAACGUUUGACGUCUCAGCAACCGUCUGCUGAUCUGGAUGAGCAGUUAGGCAAGAAUGUUGGAACGAAGAAAGUCGAAAUCAAGGGACAAAUACGGCUGACUGGUUUUUAUGGAGCUCCAGAAGAAUCUGAUCGAAGAUUUGCUUGGGAAUUGUUGCGUCUUUUAUCUGACGGACAUCAGGGAGGAUGGUUUAUCUUUAGAGAUUUCAAUGAAAUUUUAUAG